CGGGGAGGCAGUUGCGUUCACAUGUCAGUCAGUCAGGGCUGCCCGUCGUCAUCCAUCACUUGCGUUCUCUCACUCUCCCUCUCUCUCCCUCUCUUCUCUUCCCCUCCCAUUCUCUAACUCUUAUCUCACCCCCACCCCCCUCUUCAUCUACUACUCCCCGGUCAUGUUAGCCUUCGUCGACUCUGGCUAAAUCCCCGGGUUAUAUCUCCUUGAAUGCACGCCAUCUCCUCCAUCCCGUCCUCGUCGCUACUAUGGCUGCGCAGUCCAAAUUACUUCCGCCCGAGCGGUCCAUACGACACCUCUUCUCCCGCCUGGCGGCCACCUACCUCCGUCACCGUAAGCAAAUUUCCCGCACCGUUUACUUGGCCCUCUUCGCCGCUCUCGUGAAACGCGUCCAUAAUGCCAUCUCCGAGCAAAAAGCCGCCUCCCAUCACCAGGAAUCACUGCAGAGGAGGCCAGGGACCAGCAGUCUCGGCGAGGAGGGCGACCGCCCGCGAAAGAAGGUCGAGGUUAACCGGGAGUUCUUCCGGAACCUGAUUCGCCUUCUCAAGAUCGUGAUCCCCGGUUGGCGGAGCAAGGAGCUACGGCUACUUUUCGGGCACAGUGUCUUCUUGGUGCUGCGGACGCUGCUGAGUCUGUAUGUAGCCGAGCUGGAUGGACGAUUGGUUAGCAACUUGGUGAGGGGGAGAGGGAAAGAUUUCCUGCUGGGGCUGGUGUGGUGGAUGAUUGUGGCAGUUCCUGCGACGUUUACGAACUCGAUGCUUUCUUAUCACCAAUGCAAACUCGCCCUCGCGUACCGCAAGCGCCUGACAGACUACAUUCAUGAGAAGUAUUUGUCUAACAUGACGUUCUAUGCGAUAUCAGCUUUGGAUGAUAGGGUCAAGAACCCCGACCAGCUCAUCACAGUAGAUGUCUCUCGGUUCUCUGAUAGUCUGGCAGAGCUAUAUUCCAAUCUGGCCAAGCCGAUCUUGGACAUGGCUAUCUAUAAUUACUCUCUUUCGAAGAGUGUGGGCGGAGAAGGCCUGUUCAUAAUGAGCCUCCUCGUGCAAUUGUCCGCGAAUGUCAUGCGUGCAUUGACACCACCGUUUGGCAAAUACGUGGCCGACGAAGCUCGCCUGGAAGGAGAGUUCCGGUUCCUGCACUCGCGACUGAUCGACUACAGCGAGGAGGUGGCUCUCUACCACGGCCACGAGGCAGAAAAAGAUACCCUAGACAAGGGUUACUUCACUCUCAUCAAACAUGUGAAUCGCAUUCUCCGAAGACGCUUAUAUCAUGGAUUCAUGGAGGACUUCGUCAUCAAGUACUUCUGGGGCGCCUUGGGCUUGAUCUUGUGCAGUAUUCCUGUCUUCUUCAAGAUCCCCGGCCAAGUCACUCAAACCAUGGGCGACCGCACCGAAAGUAAGCGUUUCGACCUAGAGAAAGUUAUAACAGUCAGCACGAAAGCUAACAGACCUCAAAUAGGCUUCGUUACAAACCGCAGAAUGCUACUUUCCUCGUCCGAUGCCUUUGGACGUUUGAUGUUCUCCUACAAAGAAAUCUCCGAACUAGCCGGCCAUACAGCCCGUGUCUCCUCUUUACUUGAGGUCAUGGACGACCUAUUGGCCGGUCGCUUCGAGAAGAAGCUAGUAUCUUCCGCGUCCACAGAAGAAAAUACAGCAAUUCUUUCUGGCCGCGGAGUCGUCGAGGAAAGCGAUUCCAUCGACUUCACCGAUGUGCCCAUUGUCUCACCAAACGGCGAUGUUCUAGUCCGCAAGCUAUCCUUCACCGUCCAUCCAGGUGAUCACCUUUUAAUCGUUGGGCCCAAUGGAUGCGGUAAAUCCUCCCUAUUCCGCAUCCUCGGCGGUCUAUGGCCCGUCUACGGAGGAAAAGUUAAGAAACCCCGUUUCGACGACAUCUUCUACAUCCCUCAACGACCAUAUCUUUCGCGAGGUACUCUUCGCCAACAGGUCAUCUACCCAGACGGUGUCCGUGAAAUGCGCGCCAAGGGCAUCACCGAUGACGACCUCUACGACAUCCUCUCCGUCGUGGAGAUCGCCUCCGUUGUCGACCGUCCGGGGGGCUGGGACGCCGAAGAGGAAUGGCGCGACGUGCUAUCAGGUGGUCUACAACAACGGAUAGCCAUGGCCAGGCUAUUCUACCACCGACCCAAAUUCGCUAUUCUGGACGAGUGCACCUCUUCCGUGACUCUGGAAAUCGAACGAGUCAUGUACGAAACGGCCAAGCAGCUGGGGACUACAUUGAUGACCGUGUCUCAUCGGCGCAGUCUCUGGAGAUAUCAUAAGAAGAUCCUGCAGUUCGACGGAGAGGGAAGCUAUAUCUUCACUGGGUUGGAUUGGGAAAGAAGACUCAAGUUGGAAGAUGAGAAGGAGGAGCUGGAUCUCCAACUUCGAAUGGUCCCAGAGUUGCAGAAGCGCAUGGCUGAAUUGAGUGCCUCGUAGGGAGCUUAUACCAUCUUGGGUUUGUUGUCCUAUAG